GCCCGAACGCUUUUCUGGACAAAGCAUGCUUCAACACUAGCAGCAUCAUGGCCGGCAAUACCACGUUUUUCUUGCGGGAAGCAGACAAUUAUAUAGAUUAUGACACCUUUUUGUCCGAUGAAUUCGACGCAAACAGUUAUGCGAACACCAUCGUGAAUCAGUCAGGUACUGGCGACGGCAGCGAUAUCGGCACGGCCCUCGCAAAACUAUCAUUCAGUAUCGAUAGCCUGAAUAAGCAAAUUCAGGAACAGGUCACGGACAACUACGAAGACUUGCUGGGACAAGUAACUGGGAUCAAAAAUCUGGAGACAGUAUUGGCGACCGUCAAAGCCAACAUCCAGGAAUUAAAGCUGUCUCUGCGAAAAUUGGUCUCAAAAAUUAAGGAUCCGUAUCAUCAACUUCAAAGCUAUACGACACAGCUCGAAAAUCUGCAACAAACGUGCGAAUUGCUGAGGCGGCUCCAUCGCUUUCUACUGCUGAAACGAAGACUGGAAGGGCAACUGCCAUCGACGGAGAACACAUCUAUAGAGCCUGAUAGUAUGGCUGGACGCGACCUCUCGGCAGCGGCAUUAACCGUACACGAACUCGAGACCAUUGUCAAUGAAUCCGAUUUUGAAGGCAUCCAUAUCGUGACGAAAGAACUCGCAUUCAUAGAAACCGCUCGGCAACGAGUUGAAAGCGAAGCGGAUCGAUUACUCAAAGAUGGAGUUAAUACACAGUCGCAGGCAAAGAUGGCAGCUGGUCUGCAAAUAUUUCAUAACAUGCGGCAAAUGAGCACUCGAGUGCAGGAGUUGACCAACGGAAUGCUCGACGACCUCGCUCGAAAUAUCAAACAUGUCGUUGAUAUGCAUUCGUUGCAAAAAGAAAUGAAAGGCAAUCAUCCUAAUGUGCGACGGACGAAUAACGAACCCAGCUUCGGUAAUCAGCAAGCAUUAGCGCAAGCGAUAUGGGGUCGUAUGGAGACAUUGAUGCAGUCCAUGAGUGACAGUUGUAUCAAGAUCUACGAUUUGGAAAAAGUGCUCGAGAUAAAGAAGGACUCGCUCAGUCAAGUGACCUUUUUGGAGGAAGUGGCCAAAAUGUUCGACGCGACCAGUCUUGUCAGCCAUUUUUGGCGCGUAUUAUCGGCCACUUUUGAGCGAGAACUUAAAGAGGCCACCAAAGUCUCGACCUUUUUGCAAAACACCUUUGUCGGCGGAUACCCCAAAUUGCUCCAGUUGCUUCACGAAUUCUUCUCCAGAGUCGCAAUCCAUAAUGGCACCUCAUUGCACGAUUAUGCCCAGAGCCCUGAAUACGUCAUUAUGCUACGCAGCUUCAACAUAUUUGAAAGCGGAUUUUUGGCUAGAUCAUUGACAAGAAUGCAUGAUACGAUCAAUGCAACGUUCCCUGCUCACGGAGGAUUGUCGAGAACGGCUCCCGGGCGUCAAAGUAUAUUGACUAUUACACGGGUCAUCGAACACGAAUUGGAAACUGCGGCUUUCGAGCCCCAUUUAGCUCAAGCCGUGGCAAGAAAUGUGGUCAAAACGCUGAACAUGUUUUGCGCCAAGUGCGAAGCAUUGAUACCGAAUACGGAUCAGUCUGUUUAUACAGCUACGCAGAACAAUACCAUUUUCAUGAGCCUGAGCAGGAAAAUUGAGCUCAUCAAUAUUACAUACUACAUGCAUCAGUCCAUAUGGAAAGUGCUAGAGGAAUACCCAGAGAAGAUGGUGGACAUCAUCAUCAAAGGAUCUGAGGAAUGUCGGCGGGUCAUGCUUUCCAUCGGUCAAAACUUGGUGGAUGGUAUCAAAUUGGAUAUAUUACGGGUACUGAUACGAAUGCAUCAAGAAGACUUUUCGGGACAAGCGAACCGCAACUUCAAUCCAAUGGAAGACGAUUCGGCAAGUGCCUAUGUCAAAGAACUUGCCAAACACAUCCGUUACCAUCACAGCCAGAUCCUUUCUCGGUUGUCUUGCGGUACAGAACCAAAAUCAUGGGUGCGUCAAAUCGGGAAAUACAUGCUACAUGUUUUUGUUUUCCAAGCAAGCUUGAUAUCGCCUCUGAGCGAAGCUGGCAAACUGAAGCUGGCAGGAGAUAUGGCCGAGAUUGAGUUUAUCACUAGCUCGUUCUUGAGUGAUUAUGGUGUGAGGAUUGAAGAAAUUGGGGAUGAGUAUAAAGCCCUGCGUGUGCUGAGACCUCUGUUAUUCCUGGAUUCCGUGCAGUUGACAGCUGCUCAUCAUACGGCGGGGCUUUCAAAAUUGGUGCUGAUCCAUCAUUUGGUUGUGCGAUCGCAAUCGUCGACACCUCGAUUGGCGUUGCCAUAUUCGGUAUAUGACCUAUCGCCGCGAGAAUACAUGGAGUGGAUGGAACGCUUAUCGGAACAGGAACAAGUGUCAUUGGCGGUGGAUGCCAUCACCAAAGGCAGUAACUUGACGGCACACGAAUUGGAGACAAUCCCCGAAAAUCGACUCAUCAUCGAAAUUGCCGAGCAACUGUCCUCUCCCUCCAUCUAGAAUGGACAUCCCCGCUGCUAUUUUCAUUGUGCAUAGCCCAUCCUAUUUACAUAAUUAAGAAACAUAAACCAUCCUAUUUUGUGAUAAUGAAGGUUUAUAAAAAUUGCAAAAUAUCAAAACCUUG